CGCUUCGCGUGAUUCACGUCAACUGCUGGUUCAAACGCGCGGUUUUCCGAGGUAAAGAUCCGUCGCGAUUUGACGUAAAUCCUUAUGUGUCGUCGGAUUUUAUGAGCAGUGGCAACUGACUGUGUUUUAAAAAUCUCUGGGUCUCAACAGUGGAAUGUACAGUAGUAGCAGAGUAGAAUUGUUUCUCUCAAAAGUGACGAUCCGUGCAGCUGGUAAGAAACAUGGCGAUACAUUUGAAUUUGAAAAAGGAAAUACUGACCAGCGAGAAGGAGUCGGUUUUGCACCUGAUGCCUUGCGACAUACACGGAGACGAACCGGCUCUCGUUUCGUCUUAUUUCACUCCAUACAUCCGCAGGAAAGAUGACGAACAUCUGACGACUUCCUUUCGCGGCUAUCCUUUGCAAGGAAAAACCAUAACUUUACCAAAGGGUUACACUGGAUUGGUUCUCCACGAAAGCAAAAAUGCAGAGUCAGAAUCACUUGAUCGCAACCUCUUCGCUACAGGGAAAUUUACUCAGUUUACCUACUGGAAUUAUGACAAACUACCUUCUAAGAAUGACGCCGUUGUCGCAGCUUUGGAAUGGAUCGACAUCGCCGAAGCGCUCCAUUCCAACGAUGACGACGUCGGCAAUUGAGACUCACAUGCUCAGGGACAUACAAUAAUUUUAAGUAACAAUUUUCGUACCUGCACUUCAAUUAUCGUGUUAUUAUACAAUAUUCAAAUGCUUCAAG